UGGUCGAGGAUCUUUGUUUUCUCUCCACCUCUCUCUCGGUGGAGGAAUACAAGUUUAUCAUCCAGCCAGGGACGGGACUGGUCUCCUCUGCUCUGCCGCUCUCUCUUCCUCCUCCUCUUCCUCCUCCUCCUCCUCUUCCUUCUCCUUCUUCUUCAUCUGUCGACUUGCACUGGGCCGUUUCUCCUGUAUGGUGGAUAUACUGCUCAACACUUCUUUCUUGGAUGAUAUGGGGGAUCAUUCAAAAAAGAAGUCGGGAAUCGCAAUGUGUGUGGGCUGUGGAAGUCAGAUACACGACCAGUACAUCCUGAGAGUGUCCCCGGACCUGGAGUGGCACGCAGCCUGUCUCAAGUGCGCAGAGUGCAGCCAGUACCUGGACGAGACCUGCACGUGCUUCGUCCGAGACGGAAAGACGUACUGUAAACGAGAUUAUGCGAGGUUAUUUGGCAUCAAAUGUGCAAAGUGCAACAUGGGCUUCUGCAGCAGCGACCUGGUGAUGAGAGCCCGGGACCACGUCUACCACAUGGAGUGUUUUCGGUGCUCGGUGUGCAGUCGACACCUCCUGCCCGGAGACGAGUUCUCCCUGCGGGACGACGAACUGCUGUGCCGGGCGGAUCACGGUCUGCUGGAGGAGCGGGCCUCCGCAGGGAGUCCACUCAGCCCGGGGAACAUACACAGCAGCAGACCGCUGCACAUCUCUGAGCCGAUUUCAGUGCGACACCCUCCUCAUCACCGGAACCACGGCCACAAGCAGACGGAGAAGCCCACGCGUGUCCGGACGGUGCUGAACGAGAAGCAGCUCCACACCCUGCGGACCUGCUACAACGCCAACCCGAGACCGGACGCUCUGAUGAAGGAACAGCUGGUGGAGAUGACCGGCCUGAGCCCGCGGGUGAUCCGCGUCUGGUUUCAGAACAAGCGCUGCAAAGACAAGAAGAAGACCAUCCUGAUGAAGCAACUGCAGCAGCAGCAACACAGCGACAAGACAAACCUGCAGGGAAUGACAGGCACUCCUCUGGUGGCCGGGAGCCCCAUCCGACACGACAACACGGUGCAGGGGAAUCCAGUGGAGGUGCAAACAUACCAGCCUCCGUGGAAAAGCCUCAGCGACUUCGCCCUGCAGAGCGACCUGGACCAGCCCGCCUUCCAACAGCUGGUGUCUUUCUCCGAGUCUGGCUCUCUGGGAAACUCGUCCGGCAGCGACGUGACCUCUCUGUCGUCGCAGUUACCGGACACACCGAACAGUAUGGUGCCGAGUCCCGUGGACACGUGAUGAGGUCACAGAUGGAUCACACCAAACCAUCCUUUUCCCCACGCGUGUCCUCUGCAGCUGAGAGGCGCAAAGACCUCAGUGACAUCCAAUCAAAGGGGGGAAAAAAAACUAAAAACAUUUAAGGACCAGGGUGGAUUAUGUCAGAGGAUGCAUUCAGGUCCAAACUGGAGGUUUUCAAACUCUUGCUUUACAUCCGCCUUGCUCAAGGACACGUGGGCAGGACACAGCUGUGUGACAGUGGGACACUUUUUACCACCAUUUUACCACAAUGCCAUUGGGCGAAGUGGACACAUGACGUGGGGAUUAUUGUGGGAUUCAAACACGAUGCGCGUGUUCUGGACGUCGUACAGUAUGUUUAUCAGGAAAAUAGAAACUGUGUAUAUGAGCAUGUUUGUUUGUUUUUUUUAAAGUUUCAAUGUCGACUCUUGUAAAUUAACGAAGCAGAUGAUGAGAUGCGCAUUGGUCGCAUUCUCUCCCGAAAAUAAGUUAUUAUUAUUUAUUAUGAGGACAGACAUACUAUCUGAUCAAUAAA